AUGCAGCUUUCCUUGGCUCGGAGUGGGAGCUCCCAGUUUCGCGUUUCCUCAUCGUUGGGGGCGCUGGCCAGCCAGCUACAGGGCCCUUGGGUUCCCACGGCCCCUCCCAGUCUGUACUUAAGAAAUGACUGCAGAUACUUCUGCAACGGAAGGGAGGGAGCUCUUAUGAGGGCUGCCGCGGCGGAACCUCGUUGGCUCAGUAAUGUGUACUCUGGCUGGGGUGGCGCAGUGCGUUGUUUUGCCGGGGGAAAGCAGAAGGGCGGAGAGACCGCCAAAGAAAAGAAGCUGCGACGGCUCCUCAGAAAGAUUAACCCCGACGCAGCAAAUAUGGGAGAACAUGCAGGCGAGGUAGAUGAUGACAGUCGCGAUUGCCAGUAUCAGCGCCAGCAAAGAAGAAAAGGGGCAGAGCGGGAGGGCAGAGCAGCAGCAGGGCUCGAGGGCUUUGAGGCGGAGGCGGAAGCAGCCAGGCAGCAAAUGGAGAAUCAGCUUCAGCAUCUUGCAGGAAAGCUCAAGGAGAUGCAGAUAUCCCGACCCCAUGUGGAGGUUUUCGAGCAGAUCCAAGUCCACGUCGGUGGCAGCACCAAGCGACUAGGCGAGUUAGCACAGGUGCUCAUUCGGGGUAACUCGUUCGUGAGGCUCACGAUUUUUAACGAUCAGCACCUCUCGAAGGUGGUGUCUGCUCUCCGCCAGACGGAUGAGCGUUGGAGUAUCACUGAAGAGGGGCCGACAAUCGUCCGCGUGCAGCUCCCUAAGAUGACGGAGGAGCUCCGGAGUUCUUUUGUGUCUCAAGCGAAGGCUGCGGCAGAAGGGUGCAAAGUGCAAGUUCGCCGGGUUCGCCAGGAUUUCAGAUCAAAGCUUCACAGUGUAUGUUCCCAAACUAAGGGGGCAGAUGAGUCCCUCAAACGUGAGAAGGAACAACAGCUCCAGCACAUGACAGAUGAUGCUGUGAGACGCGCAAAUCAGCUUCUUAACGACAAGCUCAAGCAGUUGGCCGCCUCCCCGACGUGA